UGAUACAUUUGUCUCGAAUCGGCUAAUUUCUUUCUUCUUCUCUGUCUUUUUGUCGGAUUGGAGACGGAGGUCUUUAGUAUUCGUUCGAAGACUAUCACAAAGUGUAGUGCGUAACACGAAUGAGAAAUUGGGAGGCAGGCGUUAUUGCACUUUCAAUAGGUGUUGCCGCUUCAAUAGCUCUGUACCUUUAUUAUUCAAGACAGUUAACAAUCGAGAAACCGGUUAAAUCCGAAGAAGUUCCAACAAAGUCACAGAAGAAAAAGAAAAAGAGGAAGCAGAAGAACAAGCACAAAGUAAAUCAUAAUGAAGAUGAAGAACUAGAUCGCAUUAUUGCUGAAAUUAAUGGCUCUUCAACUUUGCCAGAAACUGACAAACUGAGGGCAAAUCUGACACCUGAAAGCACUUCAAAUGAAGAGCUACAAGAUAAAGUUAACUCCCGAAAGUCCAAAACUCAGGCAAAUAAGUUUGAAGAAGAUCUUCGUGCUGCCGUCAACGUGUCGCUAGCGUCUGUCCAUGACACAGGAGUUGCUAAUGGACCGAGAGAAGAAAGAGUGCUUGCAAGCUUAAACCAAAUUACUGACUGGCAUUUAUUAGAUGCUGCAACUCGCUUUUUGAUAGCUCAAUGGUGUCAUACGGUGUAUUGCACGUUAACUACUCAAAGUUCAGUACAAGAGAUGUCCGCCGAAGAGGUCGAAAGUUUCAGAACAUCUUUAGAGAAGACUUAUCUGCAACCAGCUUGGGAUAUCUUAAAUACAAAGAAUAAUAGUCUCAAUGCGGAGGACAGGACUCGUUUUGCAGCGCUGCAACUGGAGAUUUCUUGUCGUUUGCAUAGUCCGGAAUUGAUGAUUCAAGCGUACAACGCUGCUAUUGGAGCCAUGUCCGAUUCGGUUUCUCCACAGGACAGACUAGUACUGUAUGCUUCUGCGGCUAUAAUAGGAAAUCCUGAGGAGGUGAAACGAGUCGGUAAACAGUUGGCCUCGAAGGAAUUGGAAAUAUUGCAUACAGCAUCUAUGAGAGAGUCCUCGAUGAUUGAUUACGGUGCUCUAUACCAUUUGUCAGUUCGACUUGCAGAAGUGGGAAAGAAUUUAGGGUUCGAAAUAAAAUAUGAAUGGAAAGCAUAUAAAGUUACGAAGGCUAUUUAUCGUUUACGUAAGGGAGCUGGUGUGGCACCUCUUCGUCCUGGAGUUGGUGAGGAAUGGAAUGAACAAGAGAGGAAUGAAGAUGCACAACUCAUUCGAACAGGAGCUAUAGUCCAUUAUGUAAAUCCAGGUCCUGUUAAGAUACCUAUUACUGGUUUUGGUGGUCGACAUGAGAUGGUAUUGUUUGGCUACGUAGAUGUAACGGAUGGUACCGAACAAGUUCGACACACAGAUUUUUAUACACUCAAAAGAAGUUCGAAAGAUAGUAGUCUUUGGGUCGGCAAGGAACUGGUUACUAUGCAUGCUCUUACGGGUGCUCGAGCGGGCUCAAAAGUUGCAGAGGGAAUACUGGAUGUUCAAUUAUAUAUGCAACCAGACCCAGAAGCUUCAUGGAAAGUAUUGUAAGGAAAGCUGGUUUGUGAUAGCUAUAGGAUGGAAGUUUUAAUAAAAAGCAGAGUUUGCCU